AUGAAGGAUCGCAUACAGGAUGCAAAUUUUCCCAAGACAGAGGACGGUCGAGUUUACCACCUGGGUAUACGAGCAGGAGAGGUAGCUAACAGAAUUAUUACUGUUGGAUCCAUUUCACGAGCAGAGGGAAUCGCAAAGAUGCUGGACGCCUCUCCAAAGAUAUUUUCCCUGUACUCAGAGCGCGGUUUCCUUACCAUCACAGGAUGCUACAAGAGUAUACCAGUAUCCAUAGUAUGCAUAGGCAUGGGGGCGCCUAACGCGGAUUUUUUCAUCCGCGAAGUCAGAGAAUGCCUGAGUGGGGACAUGCUUGUCAUAAGGCUAGGGUCAUGCGGUUGCUUGACUGACCUUCCCGUAGGAUCGCUCGUCCUGCCAGCAUCGAGCGUCGCUUGUACCCGAAAUGUGGACUUCGAUUUUGCUUCCUGCGAUCCUUGGGAUGUUCCAUACAGGUUGAGCAAGCCCGUCUCAGCAGAUCCAGACCUUCAUGAAGCCCUGCGCGAUGCCCUUGAUGCGACACGGCCGCCUUCGCUCAAAAAUCUUAUAGUUCCGAACGCUGUCAAUGCAUCGACCGACAGUUUCUACUCAUCUCAGGGGAGACAGACAUCCUUCCAGGACCACAAUGCUUCUUUGAUCGAUCACCUCAAAGCCGCUGUACCUGGUCUAACAACGCUCGAGAUGGAAACGUUCUGGAUAUUCCAUCUUGCGGCCAGCUGGCGUGGAGUUAAAACGUCGAGUUCAGCCGUUAAUCCUCCAUUAGCUACGGUUCCGGUGGUACCUGCAUUCUCGGGAAUACCCAGCAGGACACGAGAGAAGGCGGAAGUGCUCCUUUCCAGUCUCGAUGAAGAUACUUCUUCCAGACCGGUGAUUAGAGCUGCGGCCGCCCAAAUGGUUUUCGCUUCACGAAGCUCCCAAGCCUUUAUCGGUCCAGAGCAGGUGACCGAGCUCGAGAAAUGGAGUGGUAGAGGCGUGCUCGAAGCCCUGUCCAAAUUCGAUGUGACCCCUGAAAGACUGCACCCUGUUUCUGGAAGUGUAUGGGAAUCAAUGGAACAUUCCAACCCGGUGAAGGCGUUGCUGUAGCAAUCCAGCUUCGAUUAGUCUUUGAUACCACAGGGAUGUGCAUUGUGUGCACGCCGCCAAAUCAUGUCAAACAAUGUUUUGAAUUGCAAGAUGCCAUCCGUUUUGUACAGAUUGAUAGUACCCACUACUCCACAGUGAUUCUAAUUCUAUGAAACAGGAUGAACACGCAAGGCUCAUCAUUCCCACUACCGUCUCUUGUCAAAAACCCGGCUCACAUGCCCUCUGCCUUAAAAUGGCGUGGCAAGAACUUGUGGUAACCAUGAUGAUGUAGCCUCAAGAUUGGCAUGCGGUAGCUUGGAGUUACUUUAAAGGAUACAUUGCUGGAACGGUUAUUAUCUUAGUUCUGUGACAACCUUCUAAAAUGAUCGUCUGGGUGAGUGCGUCGA